UCGUAUUUUAAUAAUUUUUUAAUUAAUUUUAACUAUUUUUCCGCAAAAAUAUGUUUAACAUUUUAUGUACUAAAAUCGCUAACUAACAACACUGUAGGUACUAAAAAAUACAACAGUGUGGAUUAUUAGUGUUUUCAACAAUGACAACAAUUUAAAUAACUGACAAUUGCUUACACACACACAUGCAAACAAACAAAAAAUAAAAAAACAAAUCAAGUAAAUUUUUGUUUUAAAUUAAACUAAAGUCAAAGAAAAAUUCAAUAAUAAAAUAAAGUUUUUUAAAGUGAUAACAUGAAUAAAAUGUAUGUCCAAAAAUUCCGUAAGGAAUGGCUAAGUAACGAAAAAUUUAAGGAUUGGAUAAAAGAGUCCGAAGAUUCUGGAAAAGCCUUCUGCAUAUAUUGCAAAUGCGAUAUUUUGGCGAAGUUUAGUUGUUUGGAGAAACACGCAGAAACAAAAAAACAUGAAAGUGCUAUUGGGUAUAUUACAAAAAAUAAACCCAUUCCAUUCAAACCCGUAAGCUUUAAACUUCAACAGCAGGAAGCUGCAUUAUGUAUGUACAUUGCUGUUCAUAGCUCAAUUAAGCCAGUAGACCACUUAGGUGAACUUUGUAAAGCAAAGUUUGACUGCGCAUCAAUAAAGCUACACCGUACAAAAUGCAGCAAAAUAAUAAAAAAUGUCCUCGGCCCACAUUUUAAUGAAGAACUUACCAAUGACAUCGGCAAUAGUUACUACAGUAUUUUAAUCGACGAGUCAACAGAUGUAUCUUUCACAAAAACUUUAGGUUUGGCAAUAAUUUACUUCAGCCAAAGAAAAAAUGUAAUUGUUUCUACAUUUUUAAAUAUCGAAGAAAUUCCUAAUGGAACUGCCGAAAGCAUUGUUAUUUCUUUAAAAGAUACCCUGCAAAAAUUUAAAUUAAAUAUUAAUAAAUUAGUCGGAAUUGGUACUGACAAUGCCAAUGUAAUGAUUGGUAAAAAUAAAAGCGUCCAUGUGGCACUAAAAAAAGAUGUUCCUGAUUUGGUUCUUGUGAAAUGCGUAUGCCACUCAUUACAGCUUGCAGUAAACCAGUCCUUGAAAGACUUUUUACCCACAAAUUUGGAAUUUAUUGUUUAUGAAACAUUCAACUGGUUUUCAAAGAGCUCUAAUCGUCAACAAUCCUAUAAAACUUUAUACGAAAAUUUGAAUGGAAAAGAGCCGUUAAAAAUUACUAGAAUUUCAGACACAAGAUGGCUAUCUGUAGAAAUUGCGGUUGUAAGAAUAUUGUUCCAAUGGGAUGAACUAAAGUUACAUUUUGAAAUGGCAAACAUAAAUGAAAAAUGCCACAAAGCUAAAAUCUUAUACGAAAUGUAUAGGGACGAAACAAUUCAUCUAUAUUUACUUUUUUUGAAACCAGUUUUGCAUGAAAUACAAAUUGUUAACAAAGUCUUUCAAAGCAAUGAAAAUGACCCAACGCGCCUUUUAAAAGAAAUAACUCUAUUAAUUAACUUCCUUAAAAAAAAAUAUUCGAUAACGAAAUUAUAGAUGUAUUAUACGACGACUUCGAAGAUAAAAUUUUGUACACCUGUAGUCUUGGUUAUGAAUUCGAAAUGCAUCUGGAAAAAUUAAAAAACACAGAGGUAAAAGCAUAUAGAGAUGCCGGAGGGAACAAGAGAUUCGAGGAGAUUGCCAAUUUUGUUUUAAAACUUCUCUGUCUUCCGUGGUCUAAUGCGGACGUUGAACGUGUGUUCAGUCAAAUGAACAUCGUAAAGACAAAUAUAAGAAACCGAUUACACCUACAGACAGUAAAUUCUGUUUUAGCAAUUAGAUACGGAUUAAAAGGAAGCGGAAAGUGUUGUUACCAAUACGAUGUCCCAACGAAUUACCUGAAAUUAAUUGGAUCGAGUGAAUGCUAUGAUUAUAAUAAUAAUGAUGAUAAUGACGAUGACAAUGACUGGAUUUUUUAAAUUCAUCAAAUUAUUUUCGACAACUUAUGUGAUCAAAUAUGAAUUUUAAAAGUUAAUUUUUGAAUAGUAA